AUGGAUGUGAAGUUACAUGGAUUUUGGGCAAGCCCUUAUUCUAAGAGGGUGGAACUAGCUCUCAAAGUGAAAGGCAUACCCUAUGAGUAUGUAGAAGAAGAUCUGAGGAACAAGAGUCACUUACUUCUACAAUACAAUCCAGUUGACAAAAAAGUCCCUGUACUAGUCCACCAUGGAAAACCCAUUGUUGAGUCACUUCUCAUUCUUGAAUAUAUUGAUGAAACCUGGAGCACUGCUCCGAGGCUUCUCCCUCAGGAUUCUUACACUAGAGCCACCGUUCGCUUUUGGGCCAGCUUUCUCAGUCAGGAGCUGUUUGAUAGUAUGCGCCCGGUGGUUGCCACUGCUGGGGAGGCACAAGAGAAAGUCAUCGAAAAGGUGUCCGAGAAUCUCAAGGUGGUGGAAGAGGGAAUGAAGGAUCUUUUCCCAGAUGGUACUCCCGUGAUCAAUGGCGAGAACUUGGGAAUGCUCGACAUAAUAGCGUUUUCGAUUCUGAGUUCCUACAAAGCAGUUGAAGAAGCCAUUGGCGUGAAACUCUUAGAUCGUGAAAGGAAUCCACUUAUAUGCUCAUGGGUGACUGCUCUUAAUGAGCUCCCCGUGGUGAAAGAGACUAUACCGUCCCAUGCUAAGAUGGUGGCUUUUUUUCAGCACAUUCGACAGAAUGCUCUGCAGAUUCCAAAGCCUUGAUCAGUUUUUUUUUUUCCUGGUGAGAGUGGUGAAUGGUGGAUAUAAGGCCAUCUGCGUGUCUGGAGACUGUUUCCAUG